GUGGCCAAUGAGAAGCCUCCUGCAGGCGAGGUCCCUCCUCUUCUGGCCAUGUGGGAAUCUUCCUGGAGGAGGAGGAGUGAGUGGGUGAGCCUUGCAAGGCUUGUGGAGGAGGAGAGAGUGUGCCUUCCCAAGAGGGAGAUGGCUCUUCUGCCCAGGCUGGAGCCUGGCUGCAAGGACACAGGGCAGGUGGGAAAGCAAGAAGCCUUAGACCCUGAGCCAAGCAAGGACCCUCCUGCCUUUCCUGCUGGGAAUGGAGGGCAGUUCUGGGAAGGAGGCCUUGUGGGGAAGGGGCUGCGGGGAGACAGCCCACCUUCAGAGGCAGCGCCAAGCCAGAGCUUCAGGCAGUUCAACUACAAGGAGACUUUGGGGCCCCGGGAGGUCUGCAGCCGCCUCCACUCUCUCUGCCGCCUGUGGCUGAAGCCAGAGAAGCACUCCAAGAGGGAGAUGCUGGACCUGGUGCUCCUGGAGCAGUUCCUGGCCGUCCUUCCUGCGGAGAUGGAGUGCUGGGUGAGGGAAUGUGGGGCAGAGACCAGUUCCCAGGCCGUGGCUUUGGCUGAAGGAUUCCUCCUGAGUCGGGCAGAAGAGGAGACGGAGAAGCAGCAACAGGCGGUGGACUUGGGUGCAGUAGUGGCCAUCGCAUUGGAAAGGCCUCCCUCCACCUGCAGCUGGAGGCUGGAUUGCGCAGGACAAAGGGAACCACUGAGUUCCACAAGAGGUGAAUCAGAACCAACACAUACUGGCUUCCCUCUUCCUUUUGAUGCAUUCAGCACACAUUCUGUGACACCACAUCAGGUGACUUUCCAAGAGGUGGCCGUGUCUUUCAGUGAGGAGGAGUGGGCCCUGCUGAAUCCGGACCAAAGGGCCUUGCAUCAACAAGUCAUGAAGGAAAAUUUUGAGACUCUCUCCUCUUUAAAAACUCACAGAGAAGGGGAAUCAUCUCAAUACCGGGACGGUGGAGAGAAGAAGGAGCUGGGCCUCUCUGGUCAGCAAGCAACGUACACUAAGAGGAAGCCCUUUAAGUGCUUGGAGUGCGGAAAAUGUUUCCACCAUAAGAAAAGCUUUGCUCAUCAUCAAGCAGUGCACACGGGAGAGAAAAAGUACAAAUGCUUGGAGUGUGGAAAGGGAUUCAUUCAGAAGGUAAACCUCACUUCUCAUCAAACUACUCAUACUGGGGAGAAGCCAUUUAAAUGCUUGGAGUGUGGCAAGGGCUUCACUCAGAAGAAAGGCCUCACCUCUCAUCUGCUUACUCAUACUGGGGAGAAGCCAUUUAAAUGCUUGGAGUGUGGCAAGGGCUUCAUUCACAAGACAAGCCUCACCUAUCAUCAAGCUACUCAUACUGGAGAGAAGCCAUUUACAUGCUUGGACUGUGGAAAGCGUUUCACUCUGAAGAAAAGCCUUAUCUAUCAUCAAGCUACUCAUACUGGGGAGAAGCCAUUUACAUGUUUGGAGUGUGGGAAGAGUUUCACUCAGAAGACACGCCUCACCUGUCAUCAAGCUACUCAUACUGGGGAGAAGCCAUUUACAUGUUUGGAGUGUGGGAAGAGUUUCACUCAGAAGACAAGCCUCACCUGUCAUCAAGCUACUCAUAUGGGGGAGAAGCCAUUUACAUGUUUGGAGUGUGGGAAGAGUUUCACUCUGAAGAAAAACCUCACCUCUCACCAAGCUAUUCAUACUGGGAAGAAGGCAUUUAAAUGCUUGAAGUGUAGAAAAGGCUUCAUUCGGAGGAUAGACUUGACUCGUCAUGAAGCAAUUCAUACUGGGGAGAAGCCAUUUACAUGCUUAGAGUGUGGAAAGAGUUUCACUCAGAAGACAAGCCUCACCUGUCAUCAAGCUACUCAUACUGGGGAGAAGCCAUUUACAUGCUUGGAGUGUGGAAAGCGUUUCACUCUGAAGAAAAGGCUUAUCUGUCAUGAAGCUAUUCAUACUGGGGAGAAGCCAUUUACAUGCUUGGAGUGUGGGAAGGGCUUCAUUCGGAAGGCAAGCCUAAUUUCUCAUCAAGCUACUCAUACUGGGGAGAAGCCAUUUAAAUGCUUGGAGUGUGGGAAGAGUUACACUCAGAAGACAGCUCUCACCUCUCAUCAAGCUACUCAUACCGGGGAGAAGCUAUUUACAUGCUUGGAGUGUGGGAGAUCUUUUACAGACAAAAGACGUCUAAUUACUCAUCAAGCAACACAUUCUGGGCAGAAGCCAUUCAAAUGCUUGGAUUGUGGAAAGGGCUUCGCACGGAAGGCAAGCCUCAUACGACAUCAAAGAAUCCACACUGGGGAAAAACCAUUUAAAUGCUUGGAGUGCGGAAAGAGUUUCAGCCAGAAGGCAUGCUUUGCCUCUCACCAGACCAUUCACACAGGGAAGAAACCCUUUCAGUGCUUGGAGUGUGAAAGCUCUUUUACAGAAAAACGAGGUCUAAUUGCUCAUCAAGCAACACAUUCUGGGGAAAAGCCAUUCAAAUGCUUGGAUUGUGGGAAGGGCUUCGCUCGGAAGAUAAUCCUCAAAGAACAUAAAAGAAUCCACUCUGGUGAAAAGCCAUUCAAAUGCCUGGAUUGUGGGAAGGGCUUCACAUGGAAGGCAGGCCUGAGAGAACACCAAAGUGUCCACUCUCGGGGGAAACCCUUUAAAUGCUUGGAUUGUGGGAAGGGCUUUGCAUGGAAGGCAAGCCUCACACGACAUCAAAGAAUCCACUCUGGUGAAAAAGCGUUUCAGUGUUUGGAGUGUGGAAGAUGUUUCAGAUUGAAGCGAAGCCUACAUCUUCAUCAAGUGACACACACAGGGGAAAGAACCCUUUUAAUAUCUGGAGUGCGGAAAGAGCUUUUGCCAGAAGAAACACCUAGGCCAUGUUAAGGUUUCUAUCUAGUUAUGUUCUUUCAAUAAAGUCUUCUUUGUAAGCUUGAA